AGGGGACGUAGGUCGAGGACCGGCGACGGAGGACGUGGGGACCGCGCGUGCGGGAUCCGCGAGGAGGCGGCGCGGUGGACGGCGUGGAUCAGGCAGCUCACAGGCCAGCCCCGGCGUCUGUCAGUCCGCACCGUUUGAAGACAGUUAGUUGUGGCGCCCGGGCUGCCGGGUUCCCGCCCUGCCAAGUCUGACGCGGCCGCGGCGCUUUGUGCUCCGCCCGCCACGGAUGCUGCGCGGCCGGGACGACGGACUCCGCGGCUGCACCGUGUGAGGCGGAGAGUAGCGGCCGCGAGACGCCAGCGCCGGCAUGUCGCUGCCUCCGGAGAAAGCCUCGGAGCUGAAGCAGCUCAUCCACCAGCAGCUGAGCAAGAUGGAUGUCCAUGGCAGAAUAAGAGAAAUUCUUGCAGAGACUAUACAAGAAGAAUUAGCACCUGAUCAACAACAUUUAUCAACAGAGGAUCUGAUCAAAGCUCUCAGACGACGAGGAAUCAUUGAUGAUGUAAUGAAAGAACUUAAUUUUGUGACUGAUAGUGUUGAUCAAGAGCUCCCUUCUCCAAAGCAAACUGUUGGUUUUGAUAAGCAGUCAACACUAAAGAAAACUAAUAUUGAUCCAACACGGAGGUAUCUUUACCUUCAGGUUUUGGGUGGAAAAGCUUUCUUGGAACAUCUGCAAGAACCUGAGCCUUUGCCUGGACAAAUUUGUUCAACUUUCACUUUAUGUUUACAUUAUCGGAACCAACGUUUUCGCUCAAAACCCGUACCCUGUGCUUGUGAGCCUGAUUUCCAUGAUGGCUUUUUGCUUGAAGUUCACAGAGAAAGUUUAGGCGAUGGAACUAGGAUGGCCGAUUCAACAACAAUGUUAUCAAUAAGUGAUCCAGUUCACAUGGUACUAAUCAAAACAGACAUAUUUGGUGAGACUACUUUAGUUGCCUCCUAUUUCCUGGAAUGGAGAUCAGUUUUGGGCUCAGAAAAUGGAGUGACCAGUCUGACUGUGGAGCUCAUGGGUGUAGGCACAGAAUCAAAAGUUUCCGUGGGAAUUUUAAAUAUAAAACUUGAAAUGUACCCACCACUCAGCCAAACGCUAUCUCAGGAAGUAGUGAACACACAGCUUGCCUUGGAACGUCAGAAAACUGCAGAGAAGGAACGAUUAUUUCUAGUUUAUGCUAAGCAGUGGUGGAGAGAGUAUUUGCAAAUUCGACCAUCACACAACUCACGGCUGGUCAAGAUUUUUGCCCAGGAUGAGAAUGGGAUAAAUAGACCAGUCUGUUCCUAUGUUAAGCCACUUCGAGCUGGACGACUUCUGGAUACUCCAAGGCAAGCUGCCCGAUUUGUUAAUGUCCUUGGUUAUGAACGAGCCCCUGUUAUUGGAGGAGGUGGCAAGCAGGAGCAGUGGUGCACUCUGCUGGCUUUUCUCUGUAGAAACAAGGGUGAUUGUGAAGACCACGCUAACCUGCUGUGCAGCCUUCUUCUUGGAUAUGGACUGGAGGCCUUUGUCUGUGUUGGUACUAAGGCCAAGGGGGUACCUCAUGCAUGGGUCAUGACCUGUGGAACUGAUGGGACCAUCAUGUUUUGGGAGAGUUUAACAGGCCACAGGUACAUCCACAAGCCUACUAAUCCUGAUGGAUCUCCACUUGCUGAACAGCCCAAACCACUGUACCCCUAUCGAACAAUCGGUUGUGUUUUCAAUCAUCAGAUGUUCCUGGGAAACUGUCAACCCUCGGAUGCAGUAGAGACCUGCAUAUUUGAUUUGAAUGAUGAAUCUAAGUGGAAACCCAUGAGUGAAGAAGCAAUUAAGUCUGUGUGUGCCCCAGGUGCUACUACAUCUCUCCCUCCCUUCCCUCCUCUGUGUGCAUCCACGAUUGAUGCCUCAGUCACAAGCAAUGAAAUCGAAAUGCAGCUAAGGCUUCUGGUGUCCGAACACAGAAAGGACCUUGGCCUCACCACUGUUUGGGAAGACCAGCUCUCCUAUCUUUUAUCACCAGCUUUGGCUUCAUAUGAAUUUGAGCGAACAACAAGCAUAUCUGCAGGCAAUGAAGAAUUUCAGGAUGCUAUAAGGAGGGCUGUACCUGAUGGUCACACAUUUAAAGGGUUCCCAAUACAUUUUGUGUAUAGAAAUGCAAGGCGUGCAUUUGCUACUUGUCUUCGGUCUCCAUUUUGUGAAGAAAUAAUCUGUUGUCGUGGAGACCAGGUGCGACUGGCAGUUCGUGUUCGGGUGUUUACCUACCCUGAAUCUGCAUGUGCUGUUUGGAUCAUGUUUGCUUGUAAAUAUCGCUCAGUAUUAUAGGACUAACAUUUCCUAAGAAUUAUUCCUGUGUUUUAUUAGAAUUGUAUAUGAGUAGCUGUGUGAAACUUUCUUAAUUUAAAAUCAGCCUUUUGGAUGUCAUUGUUUUAUAUAGAUCUGACUGGUAAUGUUUUAAAAUAUCAUGUAUGUACUUUAAAAUUAAGGAUAAAAAUUUGUAUUGAAUUUAGUAUGAAUUAAGUAUAUAAUAAUAAAUGAUACUUUGUUUUGAGGGACUCAGUAGUUAAAAUGUGAAUGUAAGAUCUGUUCAUUUACAUUAGUAAUUAAAGAGAUUUAUCUAAUGGUUUAAGCCAUAGUUAAAUAAAAGUGAUCAUUAUUUUUCAUAAAGAAAAGAUUAUUUUACACAAAUUAGGAGAAAUUAACCUCAUAAUAGUUUAUUUAUUACAUAGAUGAAAAUAUAUUUUGCUAAAUUAUAAUUUUUGUGUGAUACUAGGGAUAUAUGAGGCUUUCCAGAAGUCUAUGUGAAGACUUUGAUGUAAGGAUAGAAAAAAGCUAGGUGUGUUGGCACACACUUUUAAUUCCACAACAGGCCAGCCUGGUCUCCAUAGCAAGUUGCAGGCCAGUUGGGGCUAUAUAGUGAGAACCUGACUCCAAAACACAACAACAACAACAACAAAAGGAAUCUAGUAACUAAAAAGCAUAAAUUUUAAUAAUCUCACAUGAAUAUGUGGUAUGUGAAUAAUGUAUGGAUAUUAUUAAAAUUAAUUGAGUACUUUAGAAAAUAUUUAUUAUACUUCAUUGUUACAAUAUUGGUUGUUCUUGUUGUUCUUGUUGUUGUUGUUGUUGUUGUUGUUGUGAUGAAAACAUCAGCCUAUUGCCAGGCUUCAGUGGUGCAUACCUUUAAUUCCAGCACUAGGAAGCCAGAAACAGGCAGAUCUCUGUGAGUACAAGGGCAGCCUGGUCUACAGAGCUAGUUCCAGGACAGCCAGGGCUACACAGAGAAUCUGCAUCAAAAAAACAAACAAACAAAAAACCAACAAAAAACAGAUCAGCCUACAGGUGACUAAUGUCAUUGAAAAAAUCAUAAGAGGCCAUUGAGAAAGCAUGUGAUUUAUGCUUAUUUUAGAUUGAGCAAAUUUAAAUGUUUUAAGAGAGCAAAGGUAAGCAUUAAAAACUAGUUUAACUUUCUGUAAGUAACUAAUGAUGAAUGUUUUCAUUGUCCAUUCUGCUUUUGUGCAGAGGGUUGUUUUGUUUUGUUUUUGUCUUGGUCAUACUAGGAAUUAGAUCAAGGGCUUCCUACAUGCUAGGCAAACACUAGCACUGAGUUACACCCACAGUGUCUCAACUAUGUAGCCCUGGCUGGCCCAGAACUCACAGAAGUUUGCUUGCCUCUGUUUGCAGUUUCUUAGUUUAGUUGCUUAUUCAUUGGUCUCCUUAAGAAAUAAGUGUAUGCCAGUCCACUGUCCAAAUUAUUUAUUGUUUUCAUUACUUGCUAUUGCAAAUAAAAUGAUUUUAUUUAUUGAUUGAUUGAUUUUUGGAUGUCUGACUUUUUUGUUUUGAUUUUGUGUGCUUGCACACGUGGGUGUAUGUCAUAGAAUUUGUAGACUGCAGACCAACUUUCUGGAGUAGGUUCUGUCCUUCACACUCUUUGGGCUCUGUAGAUUGAACUCAGGUCUUCAGUCUUGCCAGCAAGGGAGUGCCUUUACCCCUGAGCCAUCUUACUCGCCUAAAAAUUAUUGUUUGAAAUUGAAAUCUAAAGAUACCAUGCCUAGCUGUGGUGGCACAUGCCUUUAAUCCCAGCACUUGGGAGGCAGAGGCAGGCAGAUCUCUGUGAGUUUGAGGCCAGACUGGACUACAGAAGGAGUUCCAGGACAGCCAGAGCUACACAGAAACAUUGUCUACCAAAAAAAUCCAACAACAACAAAAACAAAACAAAACAAAAAACACACAAAGCAAAACAAAAACAACCAACUGAUCAAACAAAAAACCCCUAAAGAUAGUUAGAUAUUGUAAAACUUAAAAAAUAUAUAAUGAAUAUUUAUGAUUUAAUGUGUUUUUAGAAGUCAAAAUAUUACUCCAUUUUCAACUCUUGUAAGAUUGACAUGACUUUAGAGAAUUAAUCUGUUAUUAGAAUUAUACAUAAAUCUACCAACAGAAAAUCACUUACAGUUUUCAACUUUUGAGGUAAACUGUGGCAUAUACAAAGAAACUGGAUGUAUUGAGAUCAAAGCUGUUACUAGGUUGGUCCUCCUGUCUUCCUAUAAAGUAGCACAUGUAUUUUAGCAUGUUUUUGUCACCAAUUCUACAAUAAAUUUGUUUGUUAUGCACUU